AUGGUGUUGGCCAUGGCGUCUCACGAUGCUCAGAACUUCUUCCAGCCUUUCUCUUCCUGGAUAUCUCGGGUUUAUGAAGCUCUCCAGCAAGCAGGAGAUAUGUUAUCUACUUCGCUGGUUAACUUUAGCAAACAAGACUCUAAACUGAGUGACAAGCUAGACCAGGACUUAGAUGAUAUUCACAUUCAGGAAACUUACAUUGAAGAUGGAGAACAAGACAGUGAUUGGAGUCAAGAGGACACAAAUUCCUUGUUUCUUGAAGUGGAUCAUUUCUCAUGUUGUAAUAGUGAUUUGCAGGAUUCUGCCCAAAGUUCAAGCCCCAGGCUUAGCCAACAUGCAAAGGACUCAUGUUCCAUAAUGUCCCAGUGGCCCAAUCAGACCCUUGAUGACCAAAAGUCACCACAUGUGCUUUCUUCUAUUGCUGAGGAAGAACAUCACCUUGAAAAGCAAAGAAAUGGACUUCAAUACAGCUUUGACAGCCAGCUCCCUCGUACUUUAGAAAAUGUUGAUGGAAAAAAGCAAGUUAACAGCUUUGGGGAAGAUGAAGAGCUGUGCACAUCUUCUGACACUGAUGGGGAGAUGAUCAAACAAUUUGAGAUUUCUGUGUCCCGGUCCCAGAGUUUCCGCUCCGGAGCAUCUGAGAAAGGAAAGUGGACAGAAUUGGAGCAGAAACCGAAGUUCAGCUAUUUGCUCUCUGCCCACGAAGAAGAUAGCACAGAAGUGUCUGCCUGUGAAGAUUUGGAUGGAACCAGCCAACUGAGUUAUUCUGAGAAUCUGUCUUAUGGUGAAGAUGAUCCCAACUUUGCCCACUCACAGUCCCCAUGUGAGAGAGGGGAUACCAGACACCAUGGUGCAGCUCACCAAGAGACUGUUGUGGUCCGAAGCUUCAGUCGCCAGUCCACAGACGGCAGCUUGGAGAUGGAGACAGCUUUUAAUAACCGGGGAUUUGAAGAUUCCUAUGCUACUGACAGCUCCUCCGUGUGGGGUCCAGAGGAGCAGGAUGGGACCAAUUUGCAGGUGCCAUCUGGGGUCUCAGAGCCCAUCUCAAGGUGCGGUGACCUAGAUGUCAUCUUUGAACAUAGCGCUGCGAGCCAGAAGCUCACAGUGACCAUUGUGAGAGCACAGGGCCUCCCGGAUAAGGACCGAAGUGGUGUCAACUCCUGGCAAGUUCAUGUAGUGCUGCUGCCCAGUAAGAAGCAGAGGGGCAGGACGAGCAUACAGAGAGGGCCCAACCCCGUCUUCCAGGAGAAGGUCACUUUCACCAAGCUGGAGCCCAGAGAUGUGGCUGCCUGUGCCAUCCGCUUCCGCCUGUACGCUGCCCGCAAGAUGACCCGAGAGAGAAUGAUGGGAGAGAAAUUGUUCCGUCUCAGCCACCUGCACCCAGAAGGGGAAAUGAAAGUGACUCUGGUUCUGGAGCCAAGAAGUAAUAUAAGCAGUGGAGCGUCUCCGCUCAGCCCAUCUGCAGUUUCUCACAGUGACAGUGCUUCAUCCAUGCAGUCGCUGUCCCAUGGAGGGACGCCAGAGCUUUUGGUGGGGCUGUCGUACAAUGCCACAACAGGGCGAUUAUCUGUGGAAAUGAUCAAAGGCAGCCAUUUCCGAAACCUCGCUGUUAACCGAGCGCCUGAUACAUACGGAAAACUCUUUCUCCUCAAUUCUGUGGGCCAAGAGAUGUCCCGCUGCAAGACGUCCAUUCGACGUGGUCAGCCCAAUCCUGUCUAUAAGGAGACCUUUGUUUUCCAGGUGGCCCUCUUUCAGCUCUCUGAUGUCACGUUGAUGAUUUCCAUUUAUAACAGGCGUACUAUGAAGCGUAAAGAGAUGAUUGGCUGGAUUGCUCUGGGCCAAAACAGCAGUGGAGAGGAGGAACAAGAUCACUGGGAGGAAAUGAAGGAAACCAAAGGCCAGCAGAUCUGCAGAUGGCACACUUUGCUGGAAUCCUAG